AUGAUGGGGAUCUUUUUGCCAUAUGUUGGAUUUGUUUUCUUUUCCGUUUUAUAUGUACAGCAAGGGCUUUCUUCUCAAGCAAAAUUUACCGAGUUUCCGCGGAAUGUGACAGCAACGGAGGGGCAGAAUGUGGAGAUGUCCUGCGCUUUCCAGAGCGGCUCUGCCUCGGUGUACCUGGAGAUCCAGUGGUGGUUCCUGCGGGGGCCGGAGGACCUGGAGCCUGGGGCCGAUGUGGCCGGGGCACAGGCUGAGCUGCUGCCAGACCGGGACCCUGACGGAGAUGGGACCAAGAUCAGCACAGUGAAAGUCCAAGGGAAUGACAUCUCUCACAAGCUUCAGAUUUCCAAAGUGAGGAAAAAGGAUGAAGGCUUAUAUGAGUGCAGGGUGACCGACGCCAAUUAUGGAGAGCUUCAGGAACACAAAGCCCAGGCCUACCUAAAAGUCAACGCCAACAGCCAUGCCCGGAGGAUGCAGGCCUUUGAGGCCUCACCCAUGUGGCUGCAGGAUAUGAAACCUCGCAAGAAUGUCUCCGUGGCAGCUCCCAGCAGUAUGCACAGCUCUGCCAACCAGCGAGUGCCCUCCACUUCCAGCCCUCAAGAGGUAGCCAAAAUCCCCAAACAAAGUCCACAAUCAGGUGCGAGGAUAGCUACAAGCCAUGGACUUUCUGUCCUGCUUCUUGUCUGUGGCUUUGUGAAGGGUGCUUUGCUUUAG